AUGGCUCCAGAAAAACGUACCGCAGACGACCAUAAUGUCAUUAUCAUUGGUGCAGGAUGGCAGGGUAUUGCAGCCGCUAGGACAUACCUCCAGCUCAAACCCAACAUCAAACUGACUGUAAUUGACUCUGACAGUAGCAUCGGCGGAGUGUGGAGUAUUGAGCGAAGCUAUCCUGGACUCAUUGCCGAUAGUCCUGUUGGGUGCUAUGAAUUUUCCGACAUGUGCAUGGAUGAAGAUCCGGAGUUGGAAAUGUGGAAGAUAAUUCCCGGUCAUAAAGUGGGUGAAUAUCUUCGCAAGUUUUCCAAGAGAUUUGGUAUCGAUGAACACCUCCGCCUUAAUACGAAGGUCUUCUCGGCGGUCCCUGAAAAUGGAACUGAUGGCGUCAAGAGGUGGAGUCUAGAAGUGCAGACAAAAGGAAAGGAAAAGGAAUUUCUCAAGUGUGAGAAAUUGAUUGUAGCAAGUGGACCUUCUUCGGAUCCAAGAAUGCCGGAUCUCGACACGAGUCAAUUCAAUGGACCUGUCUUUCACUCUCUUUAUCUUGGUGCACGACAUGCCGAGCUUACUGACGACAAAAUCAAACAUGUUACUGUAGUCGGAGGCAACAAAUCGGCUGCGGAAGUCGUCAAUCUAUGUGCAACCGCAGGAAAGAAAGUUACUUGGUUAAUACGAGAAGGUGGUGCUGGUCCAGGAAUGCUUAUACAAGCGAGAUCGGGAGGGGUACAUACCGCCGCCAUUGCAUUCUCCAGAUGGGCAGGGCUAACGGUUCCAUGCUUGUUGAGAACUCAUGGAUUUUGGUAUUGGCUUUUACAUAGUGGUCUCUUUUGGCCCGGUAUCUGGCUGAUUGGAAAAUAUUGGGAGUGGGCUUCUCACUAUAUGUUGAAAGGUCUCUAUGAACAGAGCGAGAAUGCUAAGAAAAUCGCACCUGAUUUACAACAUCUCUUUUGGUCGACAUCUGCACCUUCCUUCCUUCAAGAAGGCAGUACCUUGUUCGAAAAGCUGAAUGAAGGAAUACUUAUAGAUGUCCAGCGCACGCAUAUAUCCAAGGUUAAUUCCAACAGUGUCACUCUCGAUAAUGGUACUCACCUUGCUACUGACGCAAUAAUAUUUGCCACUGGGUGGAAUUUAACGUUUUCCAAAUUCUUCACACCCGAAACGCGUCUUGAGCUGGACCUUCCAAUUCCAUUUGGUUCGGAACCUCCCACUCUGAAGGAAUAUUGGAAAGAACUCGAUCUCGAAGCUGAUCAAUGGGUUCAUAAAACCUUUCCCUUCUUAUCCAACCCACCUAAAACUUAUGAAACUCCGCCGGACCAUACACCAUAUCAUCUCUAUCGCCAAUCAAUUCCACCAGCCUAG